GCAUACUCUUUACUGACACUUUUGUCAAAAUAAAUAAAUAAAUAAUAAUAAUAAUAAUAAUAAUAAUAAUAAUAAUAAUAAUAAUAAUAAUAAUAAUAAUAAAAACAUUAUUAAAGGCAAAAUUGUUUGAUGUGGUGAAAAUGAUGCCACAACUGUGGGACUGUCAUAUUUUUUAUUUAUUUUUUUACCAUGCCAUCAACAAAAAUGGUUUAUGUUUACUGCAAUCUGUUUAAAUUAUAUUUUUUUCUAAACAUAAUCAUUUGUAUUUUUAUAAUGGAUUUGCGUAGUUUAAUAUUGAAAGUCUGGGUCUUGGACAAGGCUAAAACUAUCAAAUCUAUACAUUAAAGGCAUUUUAAAAAAAAGAAAAAGAAAAGAAAAGCUAAAUGCAUGGCAAAAAGUUAUUUUAAUGUGACCAUUAUAUAAUAAAAUGAAGAGAAAUCUGUUUUAAUAAUAAUAAUAAUAAUAAUAAUAAUAAUACAAAUCAACCCUGGUACAUGAAAUUUCCCGCAGCUGAAGAAACAGCAGUGCAUCAUCUAUUUUUCAAGAGUUUUGAAUGUUGAUCAUUAAAUCCUAAUUUAGAGCCAGAAGUAUUUGUUUUAUAACCAUGUUGCUAUUUAUGGAUAAUCAAGUGAAUUAAAUACUUUUUUUUAUUUUCAAAGGCAUUAAAAUGAAAUUUAAUAAUUUUACUUUUUACUUUUAAUUUGAUGGACGCAAACACAACGAUAAGACUAUUCAUAACAAAUGUAUGAUUAGUCUGGCAUUAGAAUAAAAAGAGCUUCUCAUAAUGAAACACUGGAGAAACAGACCAGUUCUGACUCUAAAUUCUGAUUGGACAAGGCGCAUUUGAAGCUGUUGUAAAAUAGCAAUACAAAUAAAUCAAUAUAAUGCGAUACACGAUUUUUGUGGUUACACCACCCACACCUAUGUGGCUGGCAUAUUUUUAUUUUCUAUAGUUUAGAGUUUACCUGUACUACUGCCCUCAUCAUCUUGAGUAAAGAGGAAAAAUAGCUGGCCAGCGACUGCCUUGUUUACCCACCCAGAGAAAAUCCCGAGUCAUUUCCCUCUGUGACGGUGGCCAGUAGAGGGAAGUGUUUUACUAUCUCCACCUCCUCAAUCACCUCACAUUCUGUCACACUGACUGUCCAACCAGAAAUGUGUGAAAUAUAAAUAGUCAGGACUGUUAAUAAACUUUUAAAGAUCAAAACUUUUAAAGUUAAAACAGCAAAGUCCCUUUACAUUUGAAAAGUCUCCAGUGUUACUGUAAGGUUUUGUCAAUGACAGUAAAAAGAUGACAAUAAACAAGGCAUUUGAGGGAUAAAGUUCUUCCUGUCAACCUUUCAGCUCAGAUACGACAAUAUCAUGUUUUUACCUUGCUGUUCUGUCAUGUAGAACAUCUCAAUACGCGUCGUUUCUUAUCGUGUAUGCAACUUUCUACCUUUCCCUCAUAGUUAACUUUACUCACUGGCGCCAAAAUCCUCCUACUCGCGCUUCACGAUAGUAGAAGCCCCGCCUUUUCCUGACGUCACCCUGAUUCGGAGCUCUGCUCGCGCUCGUGCCUGAUACGCUACAACAGUUCAGGUUGUGGCAGCAUUGCGUAAAGUCUUCGAAACCCCGGGAUUGUUGCCACUUACUGGAGAAUCCAUCCGUUUUCUCGGGAAACAACUGCUCGGUGUGAAAAACGGACAUAUUUCAGGUCCGUUCCAACGUCUACAACACCCCGCAAAAAUAAUCCGAUAAUCCCCAGACUCCCAAAUUGAGGGAACAGACCGGGACCGUUGGGACUUACUCUGGUUACUUCUGCGCAAAAGUGCAGAAGAAUCGUACUGUGGAGCAAACGGGUUGGAUGCAAAAAACGCCCAGUUAUUCAGGGCGCUGUUGUUAAAGCCUCUGUUUUUGGGGACUUGUCAUUGAGGCAUCAAACAGGAGGGGGUUGAACAAUCGAACUGGAUUCAACGCUCGGGAUGCGUCUGUUAUAGCGGGAUCCCUUGACCUGAAAACUGCUGUCUUCUGAACUUAUCAGCUUCUUAUCCGUCUCUUCCCCCACCCCCCCCCGCCGAGCGGGUUCUCGCGACUUUUCAGUCUGCAGAGUCCGAUAGAGAGUCGCACUGCUCGAUGAGCAUCUGUUCGCAAUUACACGGGCUUUGGAUGUGAUCUAGAUACCUGGCUGCACUCAACACUUCUGUCUGCAUAUACUCGCUUUUAUCACGCAAUAACCGCAGACGUUGCGUUAAGUGCAGUUUUAUUAACAGUUGAACGAAAGCACACUGCAUCCUCGUCGAUUUAUUGUGAACGGGUGGACUGAAGGGGAUUCUGUCGAAGUUGCAUGAAUUACCGAAUCGCUCGUUGCAGAUCGGAUAUUUGACGCAAGGCGUAAAGUGCGAUGGCAAUGUUGGCGACUUUUUGGAUACUCCUGCUGGUCGCUUUAAACGCUCCAGCGGGCAAUGGGCAAUCGGUGCAGACAGACCCCAGUAAGUCUGGAUUUGUGGGAGAUACAGUCGAGCUGCGCUGUCUCUUCAUCAACAGUAAGCCACCGGUAAAGAUCUCUCAGGUCACCUGGCAAAAGUUCAUAAAUGGCAGCAAACAAAACGUUGCCACUGCUAACCCAGCUCUUGGAGUAUCAGUCCUGCCCCCUUUCAAAGACCGUGUGAGCUUUAAGCACCCCGCCGUGCGCCAGAGGACCCCCUCAUCUCUCGAGGACACCACUAUUGUCUUCAACAGCCUUCGGCUUUCUGAUGAGGCAGCCUACAUCUGCGAAUACACCACCUUCCCAGCAGGCAACAGGGAGAACAUGGUCAACCUCACCGUCUAUGCACGACCAGUAACUAAGAUGACCUUGACCUCACCCACCAUCGUUGCACGAAUGCCGAAGCGCAAGAUGCCAGUGGCCACCUGCAUAUCGGCUAACGGCAAGCCUCCCAGCGUCAUCAAAUGGGAUACUACCAUAAACGGCGAGGCCACGUUUCAGGAAACACGCAAUCCCAAUGGCACUGUCACCGUGCGCAGCAACUACAUCGUAAUACCCAGCCGCGACACCCACCGGCAGAAGCUCACAUGUAUCGUCACCUAUCACGCAGAACGCUUUAUAGACAGCGUCAUACUCAACGUCCAGUAUGAACCAGAGGUGAAGAUCGAGGGUUUUGACGGGAACUGGUACCUGAAUCGGCAAAACGUGCAGCUCACAUGCAAUGCAGACGCCAACCCAGCCGUCACUGUGUACCAGUGGAAAUUGCUCAAUGGAUCUCUUCCCAACAAUAUUGAAAUCAAGAACAACACCCUGUUCUUCAAAGGCCCAGUGACCUAUGAGCUUGGAGGAACAUACGUCUGCGACGCCACCAAUAGCAUUGGCACACGCUCUGGAUUGGUAGAGGUCAACAUUACGGAUGACAUCACAAAUCUCCUACUUCUUCAACCCCACCCCUUCAUCCACCUCCAUUCCGAAUUCCCUAACUACCCGCCGUCACCUGAUGGCAGAGAGAUCCCACUGGAGCAGCAUAGUUCUGGCGCUGCCAUCGGCGGCGCGGUCGGUGGCGUGGCCCUGCUGGUUGCUGCCAUAGCGCUGCUCGUCUUCUUCUUGCACCGUCGCCAGCGCACCUUUAAGGGUGACUACAGCACCAAAAAGCAUGUGUUCGGCAAUGGAUACAGCAAGGCUGGCGGCAUGCCUGCCCAUCCUCCGAUGCCCAAGAACCUGCAAUACCCUGACGACUCGGACGAUGAAAAGAAGCCAGCACAAAUAAGCGGGCCCGGCGGUUUCGAGGGCGGCAAUCGGGAUUUUGACGGCAACUCUGAAGACUUGAAGAGACCCUACUUCACCGUAGAUGAAGGCGAAAGUCACGAUUACGACGAACGGACUCUAGCAUUCCAAUACGACCCUGAGCCCGAGAUCGCAGACGAUAUGGUCUCCCAAACCGACGGCUCAGUUAUUUCAAAGAAAGAGUGGUACGUGUAGAGUGGCAUGCAACAAAACGGAAAAAAAUCUACAACGUUUUGCCCUCUUCUGCAUCCAACCACCACCAUCACUAGAUCCCCCAUCCUCCAUGUGUUUUAUCCCAGUCUUCACCUCACCUCACCCCACUACCCUGACCCAGUAACCUCCAACCCCAUCAGAGUCCAUCGAAAUAAACAGCUGUAGAAAAAUUGCUUGCAGCAUCAACACAUCAAUAUCAUUACAUAUCAGCACGCUUUAAGAUGAACCUGCUACAACAGCAAGAGGUAAUCUCAAUGACUGAUGCCAAUCAACAUCCACUAAAGCUGGACAGGCAGGUUGCUUGAAAACUAUUACAGUGUAUUAUCAUUUUUGUCUCAUUUUGUUGUUAUUAUAAAUGUAUUAAAUGUAUAAAAAAGAGACUGUAACUGUUUUGGGAAGGGGUAUUUUGCUGGUCAUAUUGUGAAAGUCUUACACUGGAUGUAUGAUCUUUUUAUUGUUCAUUUGUCUUUUUUUUAAUCUCAUUACCAUAUUGCCUUUACGUUAAAAGUCAUUUUAUUGUUUGUUUUUUGUAUAAUCUUGCUUUUUAUAUGGAGUGUUGGUUACCAGAAAAAUGUGGAGCUAAAUAUUAGCAAUUCUUACAGAUAUAUGUGUGAAUAUACGGUCAGAGGUCAAAUUAGCACUAUUGUGUUUAUGGAAACAUCAUGAUUUUGCUGUUCUUAGUGCAACCCAUUGGCACACCCAUCAUCCAUGGGACCUAUUGGCUGUAGGUCCAGAGCUAAGUGACUAAGUGGCAUGCAGUAGCUAAAUGCAUUGCCCGAAACAGUACGAUCCAAUGGAAAAAAGCAUUUGGGUGCUGACUGCUGUCCAAAAACAGUAUUUAUUUUAAGACACGGCUAUGAGGGCUCAACGUUGAGAGCUGAGCGGCAGAUCUGCAGUGCUAGUCAUAUGUACACUGCAGUCAAGCAUGCAACCUUUAGGAACAGAAUCUAGACAGAAAUACUGCAACCACCCACCCCUGAUGCCGAAAACUGAUGAGAACAAGUGAGGAACAGAUGUCCAUGACAGUCUUUGUUGGUCUUCAUCCAUUCAUCCAUCAAUCCAUCCAUCCAUCCAUCCAUCCAUCCAGAAUGUGCCAUCAUGUGUUUUGUUUUCAUAGCAAUGCUUUAGCCAAAUCCAUUUCCUCUGAAACUCAUAAAGGAAUAGUUCACCUAUUAUAGUCCCCCCCCCCAAAAAAAAAAAAUACAAAAAAUAAAUGGUGUAAUCAUUUGCUCACCCCUCAUGUUUUUCCAAGACCUGUGUGAGUUUAUUUCCUCCAUGGAACACAAAAGCAGUUAUUUAUAAUAGAAUGUCAUAGCUGCUCUUUUACAAUGGUGAUCACAACUUUAAGCGAGAUUUUCAAGGCAAGAUCAAUGACUUAAAAAUGGUUAGAAGUACAUUCUUCAAAACUCCAUUUGUGUUCCAUGGUGGAAAGAAAUUAAUUUGAGUAUGGAACCAUAUGCGGGUGAGUGAAUGAUAAAGAAUAUUCAUUUUGUAGGUAAACUUACCCUUUAAGGCAUAAAAGGUUAAUCCUGUAUAAUAUGGUGUUGUUAUAAAGACAGGGUGUUUGGUAUUUAGAGUUGGUGAUGUGGAGUGAUCAAUUAUGAGGUCAAAAUGUUUUCAAGAUCUUAUAAAUAUGAACAGGUUCAAUGAUAAAGUUUAGUUUCUACAAGCCUUUAAUGCUUUUGUCAACCGCCAUUUAGAGACUUUUGAUGGAUGCAGUUUUUCCUGGAGCAGGUAGUGUUAAACCCUGUGCCACAGAGACAAAGUUCUUACAGUUUUUGUGAAAAUUAACCUAUGAAUGGCUUACUUAUAGUUGUCUCUGCAUAUUAAGGUUGGAUAGAAGAAAGUAUUUUAACAGAGAAAGUUACAUACUUCAGCUUUAAAGGCUUGAGUCAUGGGAAUGAAACAACGGAAAUGUGCAAAUUCUGAAGCCAAAGUGAGAUCAGAGGUGCACAUGGCAGCGACUGGCUCCCAUUGCCCAGAAAUAUGGGCAACACAGACAGGCAUGAAACCACCAGGUUAUGUACUGUUGGAUAUUAAAAACCACAGGAUCUGUUGCUGUUUCAGCUAGGAAAUCUUUCCAAAUCUUUUCUCAAUCCUCAGUGUCGGCUACAAACAUUUAAUACAUUUUUAAAUGAAUACAACUGCAUCAACAAAGGGUUACAAGAAAAUGUAAACACAUCAAACAUGUAAAUCUUUGAAAGUUGGAAAUUCAUCAAGUUAUAUGGACAUCAGUCGACAUACCUGGCUGGCUACGAAGCCUUAAUUUACAGCAUGCCUCUCUUUUUUUCUUUUGUACCACUCUUUUUUCGAUUUAGCCAGAGCCAUGGUCUUAUGUGUCGGCCGUUCACAGGAGAAUACCGCCAGACUAUUGGAUUUAGGUGUUUGUGAAAGGUAGAGCAGUAGUUAACAAAAGGAUUUCAUUUCCAGAGAUGAAUAACCUCACUAAAUGCAUAUAUAUAUAUAUAUAAUGCAUUAGUGGAAUCUAUCAUGGCUUGGCCAUGAAAUAUUUAAUUCCCUUGAAUGCCUUAAACAGGGCUCUGUAGAGUAAGAAGAGAUUACGAUGCUGAAUCGCAGUAAUCACGUAGACAAUCCACGAGGACCUGUAAAAGGAGAAAACUACCACUUUUGCUUUCCCCUUUUUUGGGGGGAUCUGUGAAGUGCAUUAAAACUAACAUGAUCACACAGGAAAUCGGCAUGUAGUGUCCAGAAGUUCAUGCAAACAAUCCCAUUCAGCUGAAUUACUGACAAGCAGGGACCAAAAACGGUUCAAGGAACAAAAACUUUUUUAGCAACAUUUUUAGCAGAACGUAACCGAAAACCAGAACAAAGUGAUUUUCAAUUGUUCUGGAGUAAAAUUUUUAUUUUUAAAUGCUGGUAACCGGUUAUAACUGGUUAAUUUUGUUCCGAUAUUUUUUUUCAUGAAACUAAAGUCCAAAGGGUCAGUAAAUUUCUGAAACUACACCACUUCAUGUUGCCCAAAAAAAUUAAACGUGCUUUGAUCCUGAAGGAAACUGAUACAUCGCACAUUUCUUUGCCUAAUUGUUCAUUGUGGAUGUUGAAUUCUCUGAAUGAAGACCUUUUUAACAACUAUGUAUAAUUACUACAUAUACAUGCACAGCUAAUCCAGGUACAAGGAAAACAUUAUUGGAGGUAAAAAGUACUUUUCUCAGUUGUUCACUGAAUUAUUGUUAGAUAUGAUGCAUUAAUACAGAUUUGAUGUUGCUGGGUUUUGACUCAGAAGCAGAUCUGUAAAUAAAAUUAUACUUAACUGUAUAUUAACUGCAUGUUAUGAAUUCUAUGCCAAUAAAUCCAACACACAGGAGAAAAAAAUGCUUAUUUUAGCUUAUUUUGGUGAGGCAAGUGGCUUAUUUUGAGACUGUUUUUACAGACCAUGUUGCUUGUUUCUCUUGAGAGAUCUAGCAACACUGCAACAGGUAUUUCACCCACCCCUUAGCACAGAGUACUGUCAUUUUAACCGUUCUUUUAUUUUGCUCUAACUGGUAACCUUUUGGAUAGGAGGCUGCGGAACUUCUGAACCAGAACGCAAAAAUACUGUUUUUGCUCAGAACGAACCGAAAUGAAAAACAUUUUGUUUUUAGUCCCUGCUGACAAGCGCCAUCCCCCAUCAGACAUUUUUACAUUGAUUCAAACAUGAACACAUAUCCCUCAAGCGCUACUGCCAGUGAGUUGCAGAAGCAAUCUCACAGGUUCGACUCGAACUCAGCUGACAGUUAGGUUUAGGGUUUGGGUUAAGGGGAAUGGGUAAUAAAUAUGCAUUUCUGUUGACUGUAUUACAUCAUUUACAACUGAAUUACAACUCGCUUUGGGCACCACGUUUGGACGUUUACCCAGAAACUGGAGCUCACGCAUGCCCAUACUAUGAAUGACACUUUCAGCUUCAGCCACUGGGGGCAGUGAUUAAAUUUUCAGGUAAGCACAGACCGAUUUUAACAGCAGAACUGUCGACCUACUGUUGCCGAAUUCACAGUGUGAUCAGUCUGUUUAAAUGUGGUAAAAUGUCUUAAAUGGAGAUGAGAAUACUGCACUCCUGUUGGUAUCUGAAAGCAUUAUCAAAUUAGUCAAAAUAGUGAACAAAGGGGCGGGGCUUAAAUGGAAAUUAAUGCAUGUUCUAAUUCUGCUGGUGCCGAUUACCUAGGGGAAUACGCAUACACCUAUGUAACUUGUGAAUCCUCAAUGCUAGACCUCAUACAUACCUUCAUUUGACUUAAAAUAGAUGAUGAAUAACUGUACAUUUGUCGCUUGGGUUUAUGAUGAAUCUUGUAUUUUAGCUUAAUAAAGUCAGUGUGCAAUGUUAUACAAAUAGCAGUGCCUAUGACAUGUGAGAUGUAAGGUUUUACUUUUUUUUUUUUUUUUUUUUUUUUUUUUUACGUCCGAGACCUUUACAUAUAUAUAUAUUUUUUUUUUUUUUACGUCC